UAUUGGCAGCAGCAGAGGACAGGACAUUUUGGAAGCAUCAGCGUUCCUCGGCGGUUUGGUUCCGUGUGGUGUCGUUUGUUGUGUGUUUUUUCUCCUCAUAAUCUCAUACUUGUUAUUGGGGGGAAGAAGGGGGAGAUUUUCCAUGUUUCCUGACCCAACAACGUCAACGACGACGACGACGACUUGCUGUGCAUGUGUGUUGUAUAAGGAACAAGGAUCUGUCCUCGGUACUCGGUGUGUGCUCUAUCCUCGAUCUGUGUGUUGAGCUCUGGAAUUCGAUACCCUCAGCGGAUUGAAAUUUUCCUCGUUUGACGCGGAGAACGACGAGGCGGGGAUUUGUCCUUGUCCCAUCAUUCGAGACGGACGGUCGGUCGAUUGGUCGGUUCGGUCAAACGGGUCGGUAGGUCUGUUGUCGAAUCAACAGCGUAGUACGGUUCCAGAUCUCAGGAAACAGCUAUCGAAUCCGAAUCACCGGAAGUGAUUUUUCGGGAAGUUCCCCUGCUGUAAUUGUGUUCCACCUGACAGAUGUCAAUUCCUUUUUACACGGAUGAGUGACAAGUGCCAAUCGAAAAAAGCGAAAGAAAAUCCUGUGAAUCGAUUGAUUUUCUACACCGAGUGUAUUUUUCACCUAGAAAAAAAUAAGCAGCAAGAAUAAGAAGUGCCCAUUGUUUAUCUGAUAGUGCUGCUCAAUCAAUUGCAACCGUUUGAGGUGUGUUUUGUGCGAGGAAAAUAUAUUGGUGAAAAAAUAGUCUCUGUAAGUGAAAGUCGCAGAAAUUUAGUGUGUUUAUCGGGAAAUUCCCACAGAAAGUUAUCUCUCAGCAGCGAGAGAAAAAUCAAUUGUUGGUUGUGUGCAGAGUGUGGUCUGGUGGCAUCCUAGAGGUUAGAGCUGCUGCUGCUCGUGGCCGUUUCGACGCAACACGGGUUGUUAGUUUGUUGGAGAAAAGGUGAACGAUAUUAUAGGCUGACGAAGAGCGGAUAAUAGAAAAUGUCCGUUUGAAAUUGGCUACUGACAAUUUGUGUUUUUGUUUCCGAAUUUCUGUUGGUGUGUGUGUUUCGUUUCUUCCAAACUGUUUUCGGAAUAGUUUGAAAUUGGGACGGAGAAGGUCCUUAUUUUGUUUUUAUCGAAAAAGAGUGGUCGGGCGAAAUCUUUGAGAGUUGAAGAUUUCAAAAAUGUGUUCGCGUUUAGAAACGUUUUGAAUCCUUUUUUGCGGUCCCCCUAUUUCCGAAGGCCAACUUUUUUGGCACGCGUUUGGUACUUUUAUGUUCCGGGACAGAAAACAUCACAUCCUUGCACAACCAUUUUCUGCUGAUUGAGCCACAUUUUCGAACACAUUACAUCCCCCCCUAAAGAUACUUAUUUUUGUGUUGGAAAGCCAAUCUGAACUGGUUUAUUAGCAAGAAUCUCGAAAGCUUUAGGAACUAUCUAGAAAAGUCGUUUUAAGCACACCAGAAGAGCCUUGCAUCGUUCACUUCCGGUAGUUUGUAUCACAAAUAAAGAAAACAAUAACAAUAUAGAGCACCCACCCACUGAUAGCAGCAUCAGCAUAAUAAUCACCACCAAAAACAAAAACAAAAUCAACAGCAACACGAUAUAACUACACCACAACAACUUAGAAGGACAGCCACCAAACUUCCGUCCAAUCCAAUCAGCUUAAGUCGAAAGCGAUACGCCAAGCUUUAACGCGUUAGCGUUAGCGUGUGUGCGAGCGUGUUGUGUCGCAAUUUAAAAACACGAUGAGCGCGCCAUCCCGUGACUGUUCCCCGAAGCAACGAUCGUUGGCUGGCAGCUUGAGCACACCGCACACGUCCACCUCGUCGCUCUCGUCUUCGUCACCUUCGCCAUACGGAACCGGAACCGGGGGAAGUUCCGGUCAGCUUCAUCAGCACCAUCAUCAACAUCACCAACAUCAAUACCACCCUCAUCAUCAGUAUGCGGCAUCGACGACCAGCACCCCGGCUGGACCAUUCAGUGCCAACUCACUCGAGUCGGCCUUUUCCUUUGCAGGCGUGAGUGGCAGCCCGACCAAACUAUCGCUCUUCAGUAGCCCGAAAAUGUCAUCGUCAUCGGCCGCCGGAAGUCCCCCGACACUCCCGACCGGAUCCGGCCCCAGUCGGCAACGUUCGCUGCGUGAUCGGCUCCGCGAGGGCAUCACCGGCAGUCUCACUUGGCAGACCCGUCGCGCUAGUCAGGACGUGAUACUGUCCAAAAGUUCGGACAGCCUUGAUCCACCGUAUCGAAGGAGUAAAUCGCGCAGUGUCGAUCAUGGACUGGCGGCACCAUUCGAUCUGGACUCGCUCCGGUCCAAAGUGGAGGGCAGAUUCGAGAGCAUCGAUCGGUUGUCAAAAGAUGGCGAGAAGAAACGAUCGAUGCCGACAAUACCGACCAUAUCCUAUACCGUAGGCGAUCGGGACACCCUAACUUCGGUGGCAGCUCGUUUCGAUACGACUCCGUCCGAGUUGACACAGCUUAAUCGGUUGGCCUCGUCGUUCAUUUAUUCGGGGCAGCAGCUGCUCGUUCCGGAUAAGAAUGCUGCUUCGGCUGCCGGAGCCGACGGGGAUGCUUCCGAUGCAUCCAGCUCCGAGGGCCAUCAGCAUCAUCAUUCGACCAGCAGCUCAUCGCACAGUCCCACCAUUGGCGGCGGUGGAGGACGGAAGGCGGCAGGAUCGCACGAGAACGUUUCCCAGGACGAGAAAGACCUAUUGGAAGGACUUCGUCCCGGAUCACCGAAACCCGGUCAUAUCGAGCGUGUAGCUUCGCCGAAUAAUCAGAGCGGGGGAGGCGGCGGUGGAGAGACGGCAGCAGGUUUCAACGAAGAUGAUCCGGUCACGAUUCAACGUUUUCUCAAGAUCAAUGUGCGGCACAUUACCGAUGGCCAGGGCGUUGUCGGAGGAGUUCUAUUAGUCACUCCAAACGCCGUUAUGUUCGAUCCUAACGUCUCGGAUCCGCUUGUUAUCGAGCAUGGACCGGAAAGUUACGGGGUGAUUGCCCCGAUGGAGUUCAUCGUCAAUGCUGCCAUUUUCAACGACAUUGCCCACAUGAGGGUGCAGGGCGCCACCGGUGGCAACGAAACGGCCGAAAAGGCAGAAAUCUACUAUCCGGUUCCGGAAAAGUCGUGCUCUCGGUGUGACACUCACUCCCCUGGAAAAGAUUCCCUUCUAGUGAAAGACGAAACCUUCCCGGAGCUGGGCGUCGGUUCGGUCGAGGGAUGUGACGAUCAGGAAAGUAUCUGUUCCAGCAACGAACGAGAAGGGGACGCUUUCCCGAAAGCAUUCGAACGGGAUCUAGUCACACCGAACAAUCUGCAGCGGCUGCACGGGGAUUCAACCGAGAGCGGCGGAAGUUCCGAGAAGCCACCCUCGGCCGAACCUCCCUAUCUGGGGUACGAUCGCGAUUCCCAGUCGCACACGCCAAACUCGCUGGACAGCCACAGCCACAGCGGACCGGAUUCGGCUGGCUUGACCAACAAGGGUCUCAGUGACAAGACUGAUGGCAAACAAGGCCCCGGAGGAAAUUUGGAGGAUUCAACGCUUCGUACCCUGGAGGAGCGAAGGCGCAGUCUGUUGGAUCAGCACUGGGCUAUCCCCAGCAAAGAUAGAAUAAAAUGUAAUUGCAAUAAAACUUCAUCCCGAAGAUCGCUGGACGAUGAGGAAGCAGUCAGCACCGGAAGUGCAGCGACGGCCGGUUCCGUAGGGGGCCUGGUGGCUCCGAUCGCCGAGAUUGCUCCUAUUCUAGGUGGUGCUGCCGGCGAGGACGUCGCUGACGGGCAGCUAGUUAAGCAGUCCUGCCACGAUUCUGGCAUCGACAUUCGUGAUCCCAACUCGCUGCCCGGAAGUGUGGCCGGAGGAGUAGCAGCGGCCGGGGCAGUUGCACCGGCUCCGGUUGUUGCCCCGAACCCAUCCAAAAAGACCUAUAGCGAUGCCGACAUCGUGCUCAGUGACGAUUGGGUCCCACCGUUAACGAUUGCCCCGACCAGUUGCAUUGACAGCUCUCCGAGGAACUCGACAGCCGCCUCAUCGCAGCACAGUUCCCUUUCUGCUGCCAGCCAGGUGGACGGUGCCGGAAGGAAGAAAACGUCUAGCGUUAGUUUCAGCGUCGAAGAACACGACCCCCAUGGAUCCCAAGGUGGACUGGACAAGGGCGCAGAAACCAAGAAAAAUAAGAUGCUAAAGCGGCUCUCGUAUCCGCUGGCCUGGGUGGAAGGACUCACCGGCGAAGGAGGUAGCACUAGUCACAAAUCGGACUCGAUUGAAUCCGCUCCCAACACUGGAGACUCAAAUCAAAGUGUAUUUUCAAAAGUAUUCUCAAGCUCGCCCAUAACGCUCGUUUCGGAACUGGGGGGCAAUCUAUUCCUAUCGAAAACCCCGUCGGAAGAUUCGGGCGGUUCACCGGUUCCACCGUUGACCCCUCAUGAUGGGGCCUUAGCCGGUCACCACCAUCACCAUCAGCAGCAGCAUCAUCAUCAUCCCCAUCUCCAAGGGGUUCUCUCGGCACCGAUCGGUGGUGCCGCGGCCGGGCGCUCCUCGAUAGGAACCUUCAUCCGGCCCCAUCCCUCGUCGGGGGAGGGAGCCCCGGGCAGCACCGGAGGCGGCGUCGGCAAACAGAAACAGGCCCCUCCCAAGCUGGACUACCGCUCGAUGGUUUCGAUCGACGACAUGCCGACGCUGUUCGUCAGCUUCGAUAUGAGGGCGCCAUUGUUUCCACAGCUAGAGAAACUUGAGCUCAUCCCGCGGCCUGCUCGAGCCUGUCCGGACCCACCGAUGUAUCUGCGGUUGCGGAUGGGUCGCAAGGCGGGCCAGGAAGCGGCCCUCCCGACAACGGUCAUGUCCUACGGCAAGAACAAACUGCGACCGGAGUAUUGGUUCAGCAUUCCCAAAAAUAAGGUUGAUGAGUUGUACCGGUUCCUGAACGCCUGGGUUCAGCAUCUGUACGGGGAGCUGGACGAGAAGGCCAUCAAGGAACGCGGCUACGAGCUGAUCCAGAUGGACACCGAGUGGACGACCAAAACCGGCAGCCCGACCAAGGAUGGAAGGUCUGCUAGUGAAGGCGAGAUAACCGAGUACACCCGCGAAUCCUGGGAGCUCCUGAAGGCACCGUUCGUUAAAACCUAUAAUAUAAUCAAGAGUCAAACCGGAUCCAACGAUUUGGAUGGUUGUGAGGUACUGUCUAUGAGCACAGAUGACUACCGAAAGGCGACACUGUUUGCGAGCGGUUCCUUCGAUCAGGAGUUCCAGAUUCCGGAUCUGAUCGGUCAGACGGAGAUCCUUAGCGAGGAGCAUCGUGAAAAACUUUGCGGCCACCUGCCAGCCCGGGCCGAGGGUUACUCGUGGUCCCUGGUGUUCAGCACCUCCCUGCAUGGUUUCUCUCUCAACUCCCUGUACCGCAAGAUGCAGAAGCUGGAAAGUCCCAUCCUGAUAGUGAUAGAAGAUACCGAUCACAAUGUUUUCGGUGCCCUCACCUCCUGUUCGCUGCACGUGUCGGACCACUUCUACGGCACCGGCGAGUCGCUGCUGUACAAGUUCAACCCGCACUUCAAGGUGUUCCACUGGAGCGGCGAGAACCUGUACUUCAUCAAGGGCAAUCCGGAGAGUUUGGCGAUAGGCGCCGGAGAUGGCAAAUUCGGCCUGUGGCUGGACGGUGAUCUGAACCAGGGCCGAUCCCAGCACUGCAGCACCUACUCGAACGAACCGCUGGCGCCGCAGGAGGAUUUCGUGAUCAAAACCCUCGAAUGCUGGGCGUUUGUCUAAAUGGCAGCAGUAGCAGAAUCAGCUUAGCAGUAGAACAUGAGCGUGUGUGUGCUUGUGGAAUGUGUCUCAAUGUGUUUGUUAUCUCGGACAAAUAUAUUCGUUUGCGUGUUUGGUUGUGUGCCUGGAUGUGAGCCGCCUGCAGGCGCUCCAUCUGUUACUGGGAAGCGUAUUGGUGUGUAUGUGUGUGUUUGUUGGAAAAAAGGGGGGUCCGGGUAUCCCCACCCAUGAUUGUCGAAACUUACGAGCAGUGAUUUGGGUUUGGAAACGAGAAAAUUAAUUUUAGGCAUGAUGCUACUUUUAAGAUAAACUCUUGGACGGAAAAGGCGUGUGUAGUGUUUAGUAGAAGCAAGAUUUAGAGAACAAGAUAAAACAUUGUGAAGAAUAUUACGGAAGAGAAAAUACAAAUACAAGAAACCCAUUUACAAAACAGAAAAAAAGAAUUUAUUAGUGCAACCAUAACUUUAUAUGUUUGAAAAGAGAAAUUAAUUACAAGACAGCAUUCUAGUGGAUAGAAGAAAGAGAGACAAAAAAGUACAUAUGCCAUCAUAUUAGAAACAAACAAACAAAAAAACAGAGAAAGGCACGUUGUUAAGAGUAUAGACGUAUAUUUAUAUUUAUACACAACAUAACUAUUAUAAAGAAAAAAUAUUAUAAUUAUAAUAAACCGUUCGGGUGGACGGGAUGCCAUCUUUCGGGCAGAUUAGAGAUUGAUCGUUCGACAGUUAGACAAAAUGCUAGGGAGAGAACAACCCCGAAAGAUGGCUAGUAAGACGUUUGUAGUCGAGCACUCGAGAAAGCCACUAUUAAUUGGUGAUUCGGUGCGAAUCGAGACAUUAUAUGACUUUUUAAGGUAAUCGAAGGGAAGAUCAGGAAGCGAGAGAAUAAGUAACAGUAAAAAAGUAGCAGGCAAAUGUUCAUAAAUGUUGCAACGCGUCAGCAAACAAUACCCUCGUGAAGCAUCAAGCAGCUUGCUUAUGAAACAAACAUAAAAUGCAAGCAAUUGGAAAGGAACCAUUCAUUUCAUUCUUGAGCCUUAUUAAUGUCUCACUUUGAAUCGAAGGAUCGGUGGAAGCUUUUUUUUUAUUUUGACUCUAUCUCUGAAAGCGGAGGUUUUAUGUCGAUAUUUUGAUAUUUUUUACAAUUCAAUCCAAUAACAAGAUUAACAUUUGAUAAUUCCUCAAAAUCCUAUGGGUACGAUAUUCUGCUUGAUCUGAUACUAGGAGUUCAUUUAACAUUAUCAAUACCUAUUAGACUGAAUCGUUGGUUUUUUUCUCAUGUAACGAUCUUCGAGUCAAUGUGAGACAAAAACAAGGCACGAGAUGCUUCAGACUAUCCUCACAAGCAAAAUCUAACUCUUGAAUGAAAACAGCAAAAAGCAGAUCGCGAAUGAAAUGCAUAACCUCUCUACAAUCAUAAGAACAAAUAAUAAGAAUAAAAAAAACAAGAAAUAUAACGUUUAAUAGACAUGGUUAUUUCUCAUAAGCAAACAAACAACCAAUUAACCAACAACUUGUUCGCAGAUGUUUUCAUGGUAAAUCAAUGAAUCAAGAACUGAUAAGGGAAAGCAUUGCAGGAUCGAUCUGUUGAAAAGAGAAAGAAGGAAAACAUCAAAUCCCUGCUACUAAAAUACCCACAAUAUAUAGUUGAAUUUGCAGAUAACAAACAAAUAUUUUGUUAGGAGUAGUGAACAAACUUAUCGUGAAAAAAAAAUACACCCACACACAUCUAGAGACUGCUUUUCAUUCGUUUCAUAGUAGUGAAAAUAAAGCAAAACGUGCUGUUGUGACAUACUCGAGCUCGAAGAAAACAUAAAAACUUCAACGAAAAACAUUUAGUGCAUGUGUAAAAAAAUACCGAAAUGCAUUCGAUAACAUUACCCUUACUACAUUCGUAACUGCAUACAUGUAAAAUGUAAAACUUAAAUGAACCAUCAACAUCUAUUCUCUCAACUGAACACCGGAUACAGUCCUUGACUUAAAACCCUAUACAUCGGUCACCAUUUUUCAUCAAAACCAAAAGCGUGUUUUGGAACACCCCAAUCUAUCAUCGAUCGAUCGAUCGAGAAGGUGGGAUACUGAAAGUGCAAUUCACCUACACAAAAAAAAAAGUCAACCAUCCACCACCCCACCAGUGUGAUUGUUCAUUUAAAAAAAAAUUAGUUAACCCUUUUUUUGGAAAAGAAAAUCUUUUUUUUUUUGUUUGUUUUUGUUUUAGUUCGAGAUUCUUCCUCUAUUUAUUUUUAAAUGUUAAUCUUAUUUAUGUCGCGCGCCUCAACGAUUCGAAUCCAUUGCUCGACCGCACGGAUGUGUGAAAUUGAAUCACAAAUUCAUAAGAUCACAAAAAAUAUUGGCUUAAUAAGUUCAUCAGAAAAAUUCAUUCAAGCAUGAUAAUCCGACUUCAACCCGCAUUCAGACUGGGGCUAAAGGCGAGAAGGACUAAUCCUAAACAUUAGCUUAACCAUAUGAUGUUUGUUCUGUACAUGUUUUUAAUAAACCCACACCGAAAGGGAAUAUGAGGGGGCGUGGGACGUUGAAAUGGCCCCACAAAAUGCUAUUGUUGUGGGUGCAGAGUCACACGCACUUUCUAGCGGUUAGUUUUCUAGUACUUUUAGUUUUUAAAUUAUUGUAUUUUGGCUGUCCAGAGAGAACAGUUAAUCCAUUUUUUAAAACGUGCUAGGUUUGUUACAAACUGUUGGUUCGAAGUACAUAUAUGUGUAUAAUUCGUUCGAUUUUCUGUUUGGUUCGUGUUGAUGUAGUUAGACAAAGGUUCAGUGUUAGGUUGAAACAUUAUAAUACCAAAUCAGUCAAAAACAUACACACGUAAGAACACAACAGACAAACAUUGGCGCAUACAACACACUGCUAGGUGUUAGGAGAGAAGGCUUUGGAAGGAGUUAUGAAAACCUACGUACUUUAGGAGUCAGAUACAGAAAUAUACAACAGACAAUGAAAUAAUUAA